AUGUCGCGGCGCGGCGGCGCCGCGUCCGAGUCGCACCUCGACGUCUUCCGCCCCGGCCUCGACGACAUGACGCUGCUGUCGAGCCCGACGCCCAACGGCAUCCGCGACAACCUCAAGGAGCGCCUGGGCAAGAAGGUCAUCUACACCUACAUCGGCCAGGUGCUCGUCGCCAUGAACCCCUUCACGUGGCUCAACCUCUACGGCGCGGCCGACGCGCGGCGCUACAUGCGCCAGAGCCGCCUCGACGUGCCGCCGCACGUCUUCGCCAUCGCCGAGGCCGCGUUCCGCGCGAUGACCGACGAGGAGGAGUCGCAGUGCGUCAUCAUCUCCGGCGAGUCCGGCGCGGGCAAGACGGAGGCGUCGAAGCACAUCCAGACCUACUUCGCGCUCUGCUCCGCGGGCACGGGCUCGUCCGAGGUCGAGCGCGUGAAGAAGGUCUUCCUCGAGUCGAACCCGCUCCUCGAGGCCUUCGGCAACGCGAAGACGCUCCGGAACAACAACAGCAGCCGCUUCGGCAAGUACUUCGAGCUCCUCUUCGACAAGUUCGGCACGCCCAAGGGCGGCGUCGUGACCAACUACCUCCUGGAGAAGUCGCGGACCGUCAAGCCCGGCGCGGGCGAGCGCAACUUCCACAUCUUCUACCAGCUCGUCGCCGGCGCGGCGCCCGACGCGCGGCGCGCGCUCGCGCUCGCGGGCGCCGCGGAACACUACCCGUCGCUCGCGACCUGCGCGACCGUCGCGGGCGUCGACGACCGCGACGAGUUCCGCGCGACGCGAAAGGCCAUGGACGACGUCGGCCUCGACGCGCCGACGCGGGACCUGGCGCUCCGCGUCGUCGCGUCGACGCUGGCCCUCGCGCGCGUCGCGUUCUCGCCGCGACAGGUCGGCGACGCCGAGGGGUCCUCCGUCCGCGACGCGUCGCCGCUCGAGGCGGCGGCGCGGCUCCUCGGCCUCGACGCGGCCGCGCUCACGGAGGCGCUCGGGCGCCGCGUCCUCGAGACCAUGGCGCCCGGCGGCCGGGUCGAGACGUACGACGUGCCCCUGAACCCGACCCAGGCGGCGCUCGCGCGCGACGCGCUCAUCAAGUCCGUCUUCUCCAAGCUCUUCGACCACCUCGUCUCCGCCGUCAACGACGCGCUCGACCCCCAGUACGACGACGACGCCGACGACGAGCUGUUGAACGUCGGCGUUUUAGAUAUUUACGGCUUCGAGAUCUUCGACCGCAACGGCUUCGAGCAGCUGUCCAUCAACUUCGUCAACGAGAAGCUCCAGCAGAUCUUCAUCGCGCUCACGCUCAAGGCGGAGCAGGAGGAGUACGUCGCCGAGGGCAUCGAGUGGAAGGAGGUCAAGUACUUCAACAACCGCGUCGUCUGCGAGCUCAUCGAGGCGAAGCGGCCGCCCGGCGUGCUCCUCGUCCUCGACGACGUCUGCAAGCAGAUGCACUCGCGGCCCGGGAGCCAGGUCGACGCCAAGUUCCAGGACACGGUCUGCUCCUGCCAGCAGAGCCACCGCCACUUCGCCAAGGCCAAGCGCGGCUUCGUCGUCAAGCACUACGCGGGCGACGUCACCUACGACGUGAACGGCUUCGCCGAGUCCAACCGCGACGAGCUCCGGGGCGACCUCCUCGCGCUCCUGUUGGCGAGCGGCGACGGCGCCGUGCGCGAGCUCUACGAGGACGAGGCCGAGGCGCGCGCCAGGGCCAAGGAAGACGCGGACCGCGGCGGCCGCGGCGGCCGCAAGGGCGCGGCCGGCCCGACGGCGGGCCGCAAGAUCCGGGACCAGUGCGGCGCCCUCGUCGCCGCCCUCAUGCAGUGCGAGCCCCACUACGUGCGCUGCGUCAAGUCGAACGACGACAAGCGGGCGCUCGCCUGCGACGACGAGCGCGUGAGCCACCAGUGCAAGUACCUCGGCCUCCCCGAGAACGUCCGCGUGCGCCGCGCGGGGUUCUGCUACCGCACGGAGUACCACCGCUUCCUCGAGCGCUUCAAGACGCUGAGCCGGGCCACGUACCCGCGCGAGUGGACGGGCAGCGACCGCGACGGCGCGCGGGAGAUCGUCCGCGCCGCCGCGAAGCUCGGCGGGCCGCUCGCGACGCUCGGCGACGGCGGCGAGACCCAGUUCGGCCGGUCCAAGCUCUUCGUCAAGAAGCCCGAGACCUACUUCGCCCUCGAGAAGCUGCGGGACGACGCGCACGCGCGCUACGCGGCCAAGAUCUCGCGCGCGGGGCGCCGGUCCAAGGAUCUGCGCGACUUCGUCGCGCUGGCCAAGGACGUGAGCCGCCGCUUCGCGAAAGCGGGCAAGCGCCGCCGCGCGAGCUCCGCGAACCGGCCCUACGCGGGCGACUACCUCCGCGACGAC